CUAAAACCCUACAUCCUCCUUCACUUCUGUCGGUCCCCUCUCCCCUCCUUAAACCCUAGAAACCCCUUAAACCUUCUCUCUCUCUCUCUUCUGCAACUCCUGAGAAAUGGCCUUCUCUUCCAUCCUCCGCCGAUCGGCCUCCUCCCUCGCGCCCCUCGCGGCCCGCGCCCUCCGGAGCCGGCGGAGCUGCCACUCCGCCGUCUUCGCCGCCCUCAACCAGUCGAGGAUCGUCGCCGGCGAGCCUCGCCGCGGCCCGCUCCCGCCCCCGCGCGGCUACUCCACGAAGAGGCCGGGCUCCGACGAGAGCCUCCUCCGCGUCCUCGAGUCGGAGAUCCAGUGCGCCGAGGAGGCCGACGACCACGACCGGGUUGAAGACGCACCAGGUGGAUUCCCCUUUGAAAUUGAAGACAAGCCUGGAUUUCAAACCAUUACCCUGUCAAGGGAAUAUCAGGGUGAAGAGAUCAAAGUUGAAGUCAGCAUGCCUGAUCUUGUAACUGGAGAAGACGAUGGUGAUGACAACCAGGAUGAUGACGAUGAGAAGGCUAGUCAGUCGAGCAUUCCUCUGGUUGUGAGCGUUGCCAAGGGAAAUGGGCAGUUUGUUGAAUUCUGCUGCACUGCUUACCCCGAUGAAAUCGUAAUUGACAGCUUGGCCGUUAAGAAUGCAGAAAACGCGGAAGACCAAAUUGCUUAUGAAGGGCCUGAUUUCCAGGAUUUGGAUGAGAACCUGCAGAAAGCAUUCCACAAGUAUUUGGAGAUUAGAGGAAUCAAGCCCAGCACGACUAAUUUCUUGCAUGAAUAUAUGAUCAACAAAGACAGCAGAGAGUAUUUGAUGUGGUUGAAGAACCUCAAGAAGUUUGUUGAGGCAUAAUUUUGUUGGAGGAGGCGUCUGCACUUGUUAGGGUUUUUCAGUCUUCAGUUUUGGUUCGAGAUAUCCUCCACUGCAACAGCUUAUUCCGCCUGAAUGUAAACUUACUAAGCAUUGUCCAGUGCUUGAAGGGAACAUCUAUAAUCGAGAGAGCUGAAAUUAUUGAUAAAAUGACAACUCUAAUUUGUCAAUGCACUUGUUUUUUUUAAAUGCCGCUGGUCGAUAUGUAGACAUUUGGUUGUUUAUUAUGACUAGCUGCCAAUUACAGUAAAUAGAAGUGCCCAGGUGCACUAUUGCCAAUCA